AUGCCAAGGGCCCCUCUCCUGGAUGAAGAUGUAGAGAAUUGUGUCCUUGAGAAAUAUACACUAUUGACCAUGGCGGAUCAGCCAAGAAUUUCUCUCGUGGAGCAGCUCCUACGCUUGCGUAGAGAAGCAUCACAGCCUAGUUCUUCUCAACAUCUUUCCUCCUUACUUUCCUCUCAUUCUGGCCCAUGGCCUAUCCGCGAACUCAACCUCACAUUCCAAGAAAUAUACAAAUCCCUUCCCGAAUCCCUCAAAGCUCAUAACGAUGAAGCAAUCUCACAUCUUCGUGCACAAGUCAAGGCUGCCACUCCGGAUAUUGCGGAGCUCAUAGGCGCUGACUCUCGUCCUGGCUUCAUUGAUGCCACCACCGGGAAGAACCUGACACACAAUGCCCUUCGGGAGUUUGUUCAGAACUUCCAGGUCCCUGUGGGCCCUUCCAAGCAUGGAAAGCCCCGCAUCGCUGUCAUUCUCCCCAAUGGCCCUCUCAUGGCCAUUGCAGUUCUUGCUUUCGCCAACAGAUAUACCAUGGUGCCUAUGGCAUCAAACACUGUGCCUGAACAGCUUCAGAUGGAUAUGGACCAAGUGCAAGCUGAUGCCGUUGUCGCGCUGGACGCUGACAUUGGCAAGUUGCGCCUUGACACUGGAACUCGGCCAGUGUUUGGUAUUGAGCACCUUUCAGACUUGACUUUCAGACUGGUAUCUUCGAAUAACACUUUUGGUGCAUCAAGUUUCCCACCGAAUACCGGGAAUGAUAUUGCAAUCAUCCUCUUCACCAGUGGUACCAGUGGUAACAAAAAAUUGGUUCCCAUCACCACUUAUAAUCUUAUCUCGGGUACUAUGGCUACCAUUGAAUCCGUGGAGCUGUCUGAGACAGACACUUGUCUCAACAUGAUGCCGCUCAACCAUGUUGGUGGUAUCAUUCGCAGUAUUCUCUCCCCAAUCUUGGCUGGCGGUGCUACAAUUUGCUGCCCUGCCUUCGACCCUAGCAUGUUCUGGGAUGCUGUUCAGAGCCCUCAUAUGACACCAACAUGGUACUAUGCCACUCCUACUAUGCAUCAAAUGAUCCUCGGCGAAGCCGAGCACCGCCCUGACGCUUUCAAGCAAAGCGCUAUCAAAUUCAUCUGUAAUGCCGGCGCAGGUCUACCCCCCUCACUGGCUGGCCAGCUCCGUGAUACUUUCAACUGUGUGAUUCUUCCCAGUUACGGUAUGACAGAAUGUAUGCCCAUCGCCGCACCUCCCAAAGACUAUACCCUUGAUCGUCACGGUACUUCCGGACGCAUUGUCGGCCCUGAGGUUGCAAUCUUGUCUGAGGGUGGCAAGCCUGUUCCCCGACCUGAGAUGCUGGGACACAUCUGCAUUCGUGGAUCCCCCGCUUUUGAGGGAUACCUCACUGCUGAUGGAAAUAUUGACACCAGUGCAUUCGAUGAGUCUGGUUGGUUCGAUACCGGUGAUCUUGGAUACCUUGAUGCCGACAACUAUCUCUAUAUCACUGGUCGCAGCAAGGAAGUCAUCAACCGCGGUGGUGAGAUUAUUUCGCCUGUUGAAGUUGAAGAUGCCGUCUUGACCACGGCCAAGCACCCUGGUUCCCCACUGUAUGGUCGCGUCACCGAGACUUUGGCUUUCUCGGUUCCCGAUGAGGUACUUCAAGAAGUUGUCGGUGUGGUUAUUGUCACAACCCCCGGCACCGUGAGACCGGAUCUUCGCCAGCUGCAAGAGGCACUUCAGCCAAUUCUCCACCAGCCCAAGUGGCCUACUUUGGUUGUCUACAUGGACCGUGUGCCAAAGUCCAACAACAAGAUCCAGCGAAUCAAGCUGGCUCAGCGACUGUCCUUGGAGCCUCUCACUCCAACGACUCCUCUCGCAGAUCGCCAUUUCGAGGCCGUCUGCCCGCCCAAUGGUACUCCACUUAGCGAGCCGAUCGCCAAGAAGGCCUGCACAAUCAACGACCACGUCAUCCGGUCAGCACUUACCGAGAAGGCUAAGACAUCUGAUGUGCAUAUCCAGAUCAACCCGCGUGACGGUUUUGCCCAGGCUGUUCUGUUCGGUCAGAACCCCGAGGUUGACAAUGUCAAGCCCAGCGAUCUUCAGGAACAUCUCGACGGCUACCUCAUCCCCAGUCGCAUCAUUCCUCUCAAAGAGCCCAUGCCUCUUGACUUCUACGGAAACCCUGACCAAGCCGCUAUCGAUGAAGCCAUUCGCGCUCUUCAUUCGGAUGGCGACUUGACCCCGAUUCAACGCCGCACGCGUGAAGUCUUCGCCGGGGCAUUGUCUUGCGGAACAGAGGAUAUCUCGGGACUCACUGACUUCUUUGCCGCUGGCGGUGACAGUCUGAGUGCUGGUCGUCUGGUUUCCCAGCUUCGUCGUGAAUUUGGAAUCUUCCUUGCCGGUGACAUCUUGUUCCACUACCCCACCAUUGGUGAUGUGGAGCGCAAGAUCGCUGAAAGUGUGGAAGUCAAGGCCGCCAAGGGCGAUCAGGAAGAUGUUGAAUUGCCUGGAUGUGAGAACACAUACAGCAGCACAAACCCCAUUGUCAUGUUCUUCAACAUCCUGCCGGUCCUGUUUUUCUUCCCAAUGAAGCGUGCAUUCGAAUGGCUUAUCUUCGCGUAUGUUGUGGCUGAAUGUUCCACUAUCUGGCCCAUUCGGGAUCACAUUCUCGGUCGUGUCAUCUUGAUUGUGUUGGCAGUGCUGUCUGCCCGUGUUGCCUCCAACUUCCUCUUCCCCUUCCUUGGUAUUCUGUUCAAAUGGCUCGUCAUCGGUCGUUUCAAGGAGGGCAUCUACCCAAUGUGGGGCCCAUACCACACCCGCUGGUGGUUAACCCAGAAGGCGUUGCAAGUGUGCGGAAGAGGCUAUUUCAAGAAAUGGAACUGGUCUCGCGUCGCUUUCUACCGUCUCUUGGGUGCCAAGAUUGGCAAGAAUGUCACCAUCGUCCCUUCCACCAAGCUUGGUGAGUAUGAUUUGAUCGAGAUCGGCGACAAUGUCACCUUGGACACUUGCCAGGUCCGCCCCUUUGCCGUGGAGCGCAACACUUCUAUGCUUCUGAAGCAUAUCCGCAUUGGCAAAGACUCUUCCGUUGGUACUAAAGCCAUCGUUGCCCCUGGCGCUGAUGUCCCCGAGAACACUUGCAUUGGCCCCAACUCUUCAAGCUGGGAGCUUCACGAUGCUGAUGAAUCUAACCGGGACCUUCUCUCUUCUCGCAUUCCCAAGCCGCAUUGGAUCUGGACUUUGCUUAUUGUUGAGCCCCUCAAACUGAUCGUCUGGGUUUUUGCCCGUAUCACUUGGAUGGCUGCUCUCAUUCCUAUGGUCCAGAACUACCCGGCUCCAUCGAACGACAUGUUCAUGUCAGUCUUGACAUGGUACACAAGUGGUCAGCGAAUCGGAUUCCAUAUCACUGCCAGAAUCUGCCGUUCUGUUGGAGGUCCUAUCGUGUCCUUCAUUUCACUUUUGGUUGUCAAGAAAUGUUUGGAUGUCUUCUGCGGCAAGCCCCAGCCUGGCCCAGCCUCAAAGCAGAGUCAACGCCAGAAGGUCCGGUCUGCUGUACUUGCAGAGGUUCUGCCUGCUGGUGACAUUCACGACCUCACCCGUCUUGUUGGUCGCCACUACGAGCUUGUUUCCAUGGCUAUCCGAGCCCUUGGUGGCAAGGUUGGCAAGCGUGUCUAUUGGCCCAGUGUUGGCCCUGCCCUUCCUGAUUUCGAUUUGAUCGAAGUUGGAAACGAUGUCGUCUUUGGCUCCCGUUCAACUCUCAUCACAUCUGAUGGCUAUGGUCGCGACCGUGUCAUCAUUGGUGAUGGCACAAUGGUUGGCGAUCGUGUCGUCGCUCUGCCUGGUACCACCAUUGGCCGCGAGGCCAUGAUUGGAUCUGGAGCUUUGCUUCGCCGCAACGGUGAUUACCCGGCCAACACUGUCUGGACCGGUAGCAAGGGUGGUGAUGCCGUUCAGUUCCCGAGCUCCACCUCUACUAAUACCUCGAACGCCCCCACUGCCGUUGAAAGCAGCAGCAACAGCGCCAAUGGCAACAGCAGCGAUGAUGAGAAGAAGAUGAAGGAAAUGAUCGAUGAGAAGCACUCUGUCUCAGUUGGAAAGAGCAAAGCAGUGAGCGACAGCAACGAGAACGAUACUUGCAAGCCGUUCGGACGCGCCUUCUAUCACCACGAGGCCAACUACUAUGUCCUUCGCAUCUGGCAGAUUGUGGUUUACUCCGUUCUUUCUGUCGUUGUUGUCACCGUUUACUGGCUCCUGCCUGUUGUCUUCUCCCUCUUCGUCCUCCGUGCCAUCCUCACUCACAGCACUGCAGUCGCGAUGAGCGUUGGCCCCUGGCGUCCAUUUGUUCUGUAUGGCUUGCUCGCUUCGAUUCUUUCAGUUAUCAGUUGUGUCCAGACCUUCCUUGCCCUUGUCAUUGUCAUUUGCAUCAAAUGGGCAGUCAUGGGACGCCGUAUGGAAGGCCAAUACCACUGGGACAAGAGCAGCUACAACCAGCGCUGGCAAUUCCUCCUUUCCUGUGAGACUCUCAUUAAGGACUGCUAUGGUGGCUCUGGUCUUCUUCCCAUGAUCACUGGUACUGCUUACCUUUCCUGGUACUACCGCAUGCUCGGCGCAACCAUCGGAAAGGAUUGCGCCAUCCACGCCAACGGAACUCCCAAUGUCUUCUUCACCGAGCCUGAUCUUCUUACCCUCGGAGACCGCGUUGCGGUUGAUGAUGCCAGUUUGGUCUGCCACUUGAACUCCCGUGGUGGCUUUGAGUUGCACACUUUGAGUGUUGGAGACCGAAGUAUCUUGCGCGCUGGAUCGCGCUUGAUGUCCGGUGCCUCCAUGGGCAAAGACGCCUGUCUUCUUGAGCACACACUUGUUCUGUCGGGUGACCAUGUCGAGGAUGGUGAUACCCUUCAGGGAUGGCCCGCUGAGGGCUUUGAAGGAAAACGAGUUUAG